UCAAAGACAGCGAUGAAAGUCGUGAGAAAGUCCCCUUUAAUGAUAACACUCCAUUAAAAGAAUCAUGCCUUCAGAAGUGAAGAUAGAGUAUCCGGGUUAAGGAGCAGAUUAAGUGACAGCCCUCCACAUUCUUAGGGUUGAAGUGAGUAAGAAGAAAAGCCAGCGACAGAACGAGGAAGAAAGAGAGAGAGAGAGAGAGAGAGAGAGAGGUGGAGACAAAUUCGAGCUCGAUCGUCGAGAUUGCUGGCGAGGUUGUGAGCGGCCUCUUCCGACGAAGAAGAGCAGGGAAGAGAAGCAGGGCCGCAGAAGCAAGCGAGAAAAUAAUUCUGCAGGACAUAGCAACGUUGCAACCGAUGAUCGUACAGAGUAUAGGGUCGCCCUCAGGUGUUCAAGGCCCGAGUUUGCGCGGAUAGUCGGUCAGUCUUCUGGAACGGGAGAUUGGAUUGAGUUGAAUUCGAUUCGGUCUGCAAAUCGCGAUAACCAUGGUGCUCGAGGCGACUAUGAUUUGCAUUGAUAACUCGGAAUGGAUGCGUAAUGGGGACUAUGCCCCUACACGCUUUCAAGCUCAGGCCGAUGCGGUGAACUUGAUAUGUGGCGCCAAAACUCAGUCGAAUCCGGAGAAUACAGUUGGUGUUUUAACCCUUGCCGGCAAGGGCGUUCGAGUUCUCGUGACACCAACGUCUGACCUCGGGAAAAUACUGUCAUGCAUGCACGGUUUGGACAUUGGUGGAGAGAUGAAUUUGACAUCGGGUGUUCAAGUGGCUCAGCUUGCCUUGAAACAUCGUCAGAACAAGCAUCAACGUCAAAGAAUCGUUCUAUUUGCUGGCAGCCCUGUCGCUUCUGAUAAGAAGACACUAGAGACUAUCGGCAAGAAAUUGAGAAAAACCAAUAUUGCACUAGACAUUGUCAGCUUUGGCGAGGAGGAUGACAAUAAAUCGGAAAAGCUGGACGCUUUGCUCAGUGCAGUGAUAAGCAAUGAGAACAGUCACAUUGUUCACGUUCCACCUGGUCAAGCUAUCCUCUCUGAUGUCCUUAUCAGUUCAUCAAUCUUCACUGGUGAUGGGGAGGGAGGAAGCGGUUUUGCUGCAGCAGCAGCUGCAGGAGCAGCGGCGGCGGCCGCUGCAGCCGCAGGAGGAGCCGGAGGAUUCGAGUUUGGAGUUGACCCAAAUUUGGACCCAGAGUUAGCUCUUGCUCUCCGUGUCUCUAUGGAAGAGGAGCGAGCUAGACAGGAAGCUGCAGCAAAAAGAGCAGCAGAUGAGGCCUCAAAGAAUCAAACAGAAGGCGGGGAGUCCUCUGGUCAAGGUGGUGAUGUUGCGAUGAUGGAUGCUUCUCCGGUAGUUCCUGUGGCAGCUGCUGACAAAGGCCCUGAUUUUAUGGACGAAGAGAGUGCUCUACUAGAGCAAGCAUUGAAAAUGUCAAUGGCGGAAAGUGCUGCCGCUGCGGCUGCUCAAGGUGCCGGAGACGUGACAAUGGGAGAUGGGAUGUCUGAGGAUCUCGCAUUGGCUCUACAGAUGUCCAUGCAAGAAGCAGCCGCUGCAGCCGCAGCCGGAGGUACAACGACUCCUGCCAGCUCAGAUAUGAGCAGAGUUCUUGGAGACCAGAGCUUUGUAUCAUCUGUUUUGGCUUCGCUGCCUGGAGUAGAUCCGAACGACCCGUCUGUACGAGAUGUACUCGCUUCGUUUCAACAAGAAGAGGAACAACGGAAAAAUGAUGCAAAGGGCAAAGACACUGAGAAACAAGGUUAAACGCAGCAUGGCUAAAAGUACUUCGAAAAGUGAUAGAAAAGUCUCCGAAAGAGGGAUACUUUCAACUAGCUGAUAAAAUUGCCAGAUCAAUGAGAAGCUAGAUGAACAUGGCUCACUUUUGUGUAUACAUCCAGAUGUAUAAGUGUUGCUGUGUGAGCCUUGCGCGUGGUCACAGCUUGUGUGCACCCCCGGGCUUGAUGUGCAUCUAUUGUAGGAGCAGCGUUGAUAGAACGUAGCUUGUGGACCUUGCCAAACCACUUUUGAAAAAGAUUCGGUGGCUGAACAACGCAAUAGUUUAAAGCCUCCUAGUCCCGAUGUCUAGACUUAUCAAGCCGAAAGCUCAGAAACUAAAUAUUGUUCUCAAUAGUUGGAGGAUCCAAGUGCAUUUGACAGCCGUUCUGAGCUCCACAAAAGGCAUAUGGUUUCACUAACAGACAUUGGUUUCCGCUUACGAGGUCCGCCUAGGUAGUGCCACGAGCUGCGCAGAUUGAGAUUCAGUGGCGCAUUUGAAUCAUUAGUUUCUUGUACUCUCUUCGUAAAAUUCUGCUCGAGUUGUAAACAAUAACUCUAGCAGUAAGAUAUGCGUUUGAUGUCUUGUAUCGGCUAAACUGGCUAUGUAAACCAAGGCAAAGCCGAGCCACACAUCUGGACUCUUGAACUAGAAAACAUGGACACAACUAAGGCGUACUUUUCAAGCGCACACUUCACAUUUAAGCGAAACGAA